AUGUUGGAAUGUCAGAAUUCGGAAAAUGACUCUAAGAAAAAGGACAACGAUUCAGAAAACUAUGAAACAAAGGAAAAUUCUGAAAAUCCUUCUCUAUCGGAGGAAGAGAACGACGUUUCGGAGGAGUCGGAUCAAAAGGAGCGAUUAGUUAAAUUAAGUUUAGAUUUAAAUAUUCCAUUACAGAACGACGAAUCAAGCGGUGAGGUUGUUAAUUAUGGAUUUGAAAACGAUGAAAGUGCCACAAACUUUAACGAUGAUUCUAAUUCGAACAAGUACCAAAACGAUACCUCCAAUCAUCAUUACAUCACCGCUCUGUUAGGUAGACCAGUAGGUAAAGUACUGAAUACGUGCGAAACCGAAAUUAUGAUUCCCGAUGAUACACUUAUGAAUUGCAAUAAAGAUAAAUCAAAAAAUAAAAAUUCACACGAUCCGAAAGGAUAUCCCGCGACCGAAAAGAUACCAUUGAAAGAAGUACGUACAACUGUUGUUCCUAUAAUAAGCAAUAAUUGCGAGAAAGCAUUAGAAGCUCAGAAGGAAUAUCUGGAUACCAGUGUUCAAAAUGGUGGAAAGGAAAUCAAUAACGAAAUCAGCCAUUCGGCAGCAAAAUUAAAUCAGCAGAACAAUGGCACGGGAAAAGCAUUCGAAGAAUACUUUAUGCCAGCAAACACUCACAAGAAACUUCUCAGGAAGACUUUGAACAGAAACAAGAUAGAAAAGGAAAAAUGGCGGAUAAAAAUUACUCAAUUUUCUAAUGAUUUUCGAAACGACGAAUCAAGCGGUGAGGUUGUUAAUUAUGGAUUUGAAAACGAUGAAAGUGCCACAAACUUUAACGAUGAUUCUAAUUCGAACAAGUACCAAAACGAUACCUCCAAUCAUCAUUACAUCACCGCUCUGUUAGGUAGACCAGUAGGUAAAGUACUGAAUACGUGCGAAACCGAAAUUAUGAUUCCCGAUGAUACACUUAUGAAUUGCAAUAAAGAUAAAUCAAAAAAUAAAAAUUCACACGAUCCGAAAGGAUAUCCCGCGACCGAAAAGAUACCAUUGAAAGAAGUACGUACAACUGUUGUUCCUAUAAUAAGCAAUAAUUGCGAGAAAGCAUUAGAAGCUCAGAAGGAAUAUCUGGAUACCAGUGUUCAAAAUGGUGGAAAGGAAAUCAAUAACGAAAUCAGCCAUUCGGCAGCAAAAUUAAAUCAGCAGAACAAUGGCACGGGAAAAGCAUUCGAAGAAUACUUUAUGCCAGCAAACACUCACAAGAAACUUCUCAGGAAGACUUUGAACAGAAACAAGAUAGAAAAGGAAAAAUGGCGGAUAAAAAUUACUCAAUUUUCUAAUGAUUUUCGAAAUUCGGAAAAUGACUCUAAGAAAAAGGACAACGAUUCAGAAAACUAUGAAACAAAGGAAAAUUCUGAAAAUCCUUCUCUAUCGGAGGAAGAGAACGACGUUUCGGAGGAGUCGGAUCAAAAGGAGCGAUUAGUUAAAUUAAGUUUAGAUUUAAAUAUUCCAUUACAGAACGACGAAUCAAGCGGUGAGGUUGUUAAUUAUGGAUUUGAAAACGAUGAAAGUGCCACAAACUUUAACGAUGAUUCUAAUUCGAACAAGUACCAAAACGAUACCUCCAAUCAUCAUUACAUCACCGCUCUGUUAGGUAGACCAGUAGGUAAAGUACUGAAUACGUGCGAAACCGAAAUUAUGAUUCCCGAUGAUACACUUAUGAAUUGCAAUAAAGAUAAAUCAAAAAAUAAAAAUUCACACGAUCCGAAAGGAUAUCCCGCGACCGAAAAGAUACCAUUGAAAGAAGUACGUACAACUGUUGUUCCUAUAAUAAGCAAUAAUUGCGAGAAAGCAUUAGAAGCUCAGAAGGAAUAUCUGGAUACCAGUGUUCAAAAUGGUGGAAAGGAAAUCAAUAACGAAAUCAGCCAUUCGGCAGCAAAAUUAAAUCAGCAGAACAAUGGCACGGGAAAAGCAUUCGAAGAAUACUUUAUGCCAGCAAACACUCACAAGAAACUUCUCAGGUGA